CUGAUGCUGAUGCUGAAGUUUGUAAUUUCUGUUUGAAAUGGUUAAUAGAAAUAUUGACUGUCGUUAGAGCAAAUUUUUGUUUUUGCGAUAGUUUUAUAUCAAAAUUUUGUGUUGCUGGAACCCAAGAG